AUGCAUGUAAGUCCAGUCAGCGCCCUGUGGUUGCGGAAGAAUAAAAGAAAGCAGAAGAAGAAUGAGAUGAGAGUAUCAACUCUUCACUGGCUGCUGGCAUCUUCUUCCCCACCACAUGAAAAAGCAAAAGUCAGGAUAGGACGAGGCAGUGUCAGCAGCCGCCAUCUCUCGUCGGCACUCUUCUACCAUGGCUCUCUACCGUCUCCCCGUAUGAACCGGGGCAACAUCAACCCGAACGUUAUCAACGCCCAGUAUGCCGUCCGUGGAGAGCUGGCCGUCAAGGCAGAGCAGUACCGACUAGCCCUUGCAAGAGGCGAGAAGCUACCCUUCGACAGAGUCAUCUUCGCCAACAUCGGCAACCCCCAGCAGCUCGAGCAGAAGCCCAUCACUUUCUCCCGCCAGGUACUGAGUCUGCUGGAGUACCCCCCUCUUCUCGAGAACGAAGAGGCCCUCAAGUCUUCCUUUGGAUAUAAAUCCGAUGUCAUCGCACGGGCUAAGACGCUGCUGGCGGAUGUCCAGAGUGUAGGCGCAUACAGCCAGAGUCUAGGAGCGCCCGGCAUCAGACAGAGCGUCGCAGACUUCAUUGCCCGUCGAGAUGGGUUCCCAGCUAACCAGGCAGACGUAUACCUGACCGCCGGUGCAUCAUCGGGAGUCAACACCAUCCUCAAUGUCAUCUGUGCCGGCAAGAAGACUGGUGUGCUCGUGCCUAUCCCCCAGUAUCCGCUCUACACCGCAACUCUCUCACUGCUUGACGCUACGUGUGUGCCAUACUACCUCAAUGAAUCUCAGUCCUGGGCCACGGACGUUGAGGAGAUCAAGACUGCGCUCGCCAAGGGCCAGAAUGCCGGAACUGACAUUCGUGCCAUUGUGAUUAUCAACCCGGGCAACCCCACUGGCGCCAGCCUCAACCCCACAGCCAUCAAGGAUGUCAUCGAUAUUGCGGCUGAGAAGCAGCUAGUCAUCAUUGCUGACGAGGUGUACCAAACCAACGUAUUCAAGGGUGAAUUCACUUCAUUCAAGAAGCGUCUGCGUGAGCUACAGGCCGAGUUCCCCAACAAGUAUGACGGCGUUGAGCUUGUAUCACUCCAUUCGGUCUCAAAGGGAAUGGUGGGCGAGUGUGGACACCGAGGAGGAUACUUUGAACUUGUCGGUUUCAAACCUGAAGUUGUCGAGCAGAUCUACAAGUUUGUGAGCAUCAUGCUUUGCCCACCUGUGAUAGGCCAGUGUCUACUCGAAUGCAUGGUGCACCCACCCGUCGAAGGUGAGGAGAGCUACGAGCUGUAUCGGAAGGAGUACAACGAUAUUGCCGAGGGAUUGAGGCAACGUGCAUUUGCCCUCUACGAGGCCUUCAAGAAGAUGGAAGGAGUCGAGUGCCAGGAGCCUCAGGGAGCUAUGUACCUUUUCCCAACAAUCCACCUCCCGGCCAAGGCUGUUGCGGCAGCUACCAAGGCGGGCCGCAAGGCCGAUGAGUUCUACUGUCUCCGCCUCCUCGAUGCCACCGGUGUAUGCGUCGUUCCCGGCUCAGGCUUUGGACAGAAAGAAGGCACUCUGCACUUCCGCACGACCUUCCUGGCUCCCGGAACCGAGUGGGUAGACCGCAUCGUGAAGUUCCACAGUGACUUCAUGAACGAAUUUAGAGACUAA